AUGCAGAUCUUUGUGAAGACCUUGACGGGCAAGACCAUCACACUUGAGAUCGAGCCCAGUGACACUAUCGAGAAUGUCAAAGCUAAAAUCCAACACAAGGAGGGCAUCCCACCUGACCAGGAGCAUCUGAUUUUUGCCGGCAAACAGAUGGAGGAUGGCCGCACUCUCUCAGACUAUAAUAUCCAGAAAGAGUCCACUCUGCACUUGGUGCUUCUGUGGGGUGGUAUCAUUGAGCCUUCCCUCCACCAGCUUGCCCAGAAGUACAACUGUGACGAGAUGAUCUGCCGCAAGUGUUAUGUUCUCCUGCAUCUCCGUGCUGUCAACUGA